AUGGAAAAAAUAGAUAUGUUAGUUAAAGUAGUAAUAAUUGGAGAUACAACAGUAGGAAAGACAAACAUUAUGACAUAAUAUUGUGAUACUAAUUUUAAAAUGAAUUCUCUUCCCACAAUUGGUGCUGAUUCUAGAGUAAAGAUGAUUUAAAUGAAUGAAAGAGAAACUAUUAAAAUGAUGAUAUGGGAUACAUGUGGUUAAGAACGUUUCAAAUCUAUUACAAAAAAUACAUUUAAAGGAGCAUAAGGAUUUGUAUUGGUGUAUGAUAUAACAUCAAAAAGCAGUUUUGAACAUGUAGAAGAUUGGCUAGAAGUAAAACUUAACUUAAUCCAAGUCAAUCAAAGAUAAUAUUGAUACUAAUACAGUAUCAAUUGUAUUAGUUGGAAAUAAAUCUGAUCUUGAUGAAUUGAGAUAGAUUUCAAAAGAAUAAGGAUAAGCUUUGGCCAAUAAACAUAAUCUCAAUUUCUUUGAAACUUCAGCCAAAAUGGGAAUUAAUUUAAGUGAAGUUUUUGUUUCACUUGCUAGAAAUAUUAGAAAAAUCAUUAAUUCUGCUAACAAAGAUACAGAAAUGUUGACUACAGAUAAAACUAAAAGUACAAAGAAGAAAGGUUGUUGUUGA